UCUGGUACCACAAUGGCAAGCCAGUGAAGGAGUCGCCAGACUUUCAGCUCUUGUUCCAUGGCGAUCACUGCACGCUGGUCAUCCGCACGGCAUAUCUCGAAGAUGCUGGUGAAUACGUGUGCAAGGCCGUGAACAAAUCAGGCGAGGCCGUCAGUACCAGCCGUCUACACGUCGAACCGCUGAGCGAGAUGAGCGAUGCUGAGAAGGGGUUCAGCGGCGCGGAGAGGAAGCGUGAGAUCAUCGUCUCCAAGGAGGAGUCUGUCGCGCCGAAGUUCGUGCAGCUGAUCGCUGACGUGACAGCGAGUGAGGGAGAGAGGAUAACGUUCGGCUGCCGUGUGACGGGAGCGCCCGAGCCAGAGGUGACCUGGUACAGGAACGGUCGACUCAUCGAGUCGUCGCCAGACUUCCAGAUUGAGAAGGACGUGACUGGUCUGAUAUCGCUGACAAUCCCCGAGGUGUUCUCGGAGGACGCGGGCAAGUACGUAGUGAAGGCAAGCAACACUGCCGGAGAAGCUAAGUGCUAUGCGCUGCUCAUCGUAAAACCAACCGAACCGAUCACACCUGUUGCGAUGCCAGUGGCACCAGUAGAGACAGGACACCCACCGGAGUUUGUGCAGCUGUUCCGGGACACACAUGCCCCGGAGAACAGCACAGUCACAUUCGAGUGUGUUGUCAGAGGAUCACCGAAACCCAGAGUACAGUGGACACACAAUGGAUUCCCGAUAACCAACCCGAACUGGAGGAUUGACAUGGAAGGAGACAAGCAUUCGCUGACCAUACCCAGCGUUCAAGCUGGAGAUGCCGGUCGCAUCUCCAUCUCAGCUGAGAACACCAGUGGAAAGGCGACAUGUGCUGCACAACUAGCGGCCACCCCGCCGACAGGAGUUGCGGUCUACAGCCAGCCGAUGCAGAUGUCGGAUGGUCGUUCCUACCACCACGAGGCAAGGAGCAGCUACUCUGACUGGGAGGUGCACAAGUCCAGCUCGAUGAGGAGCCGCAGUAGUGAGGCGUGGGGUACCACCACCGACGCCACUAUGCAGCAGUCACAGCAGGCAUUUGCAUCAUCCAUGACAAGUAGCAGCGCUCAGGGUGCGACUAGCCAGCCGUACGUAGCCGUCCGCCCCGCCGGAAGGCUGAGCUGGCCCGCUGCGCACGAGGCACCGAAACCCAUUGAGGCUCCGAAGUAUCAAGACUACCAGUUCACUGUGGCUGCUACUGCUAGGCCCAGUGGCCCGCAAGUGCCACCGACGUUCAGCCAGCCGGUCAAGAGCCAGGCUGCGACGGACGGCGAAAGAAUUCUACUCGAGGGAGUAGUGACAGGUCAACCGACCCCGACAGUGACUUGGUACAAAGAUGGCGUGGAGAUCACCAAUAAUCCCUACUAUCAGAUCUCCUAUCAGACCUACAAUGGGCACGUGUCGCUGAGCGUUGUUCGCUCACGCCUGGACGAUGCCGGAAAGUACACCUGCAAGGCCGAGAAUCCAUCUGGAACCAGUUCCAGCAGCGCUGAGGUUCUCGUGAAAGCCCACACAGUCGCACCUAACUUCGUACAGAAGUUGCAAAGCAAGGUAAUCAAGGAGGGUGAGUACCUGCGCUUUGACGUGCGUGUGACGGGCAUACCCGAGCCGUCAGUGACGUGGUACCGCGAGAACGUGCCGAUCAAGAGCACGCCAGACUUCCAGGUCACCCAGAACGGAGAUCUGCACUCGCUCAUCGUGACCGAGGCGUUCAAGGAGGACUCCGGAAAGUUCUCGGUGCGCGCCGAGAACGAGGCUGGAGUCGCCCAGUGCACAGCGGAUCUCAUCGUUGGGAAAGGACCAAUGCAACAGGUAGUGAGAACCAGUCCGCAACACUCUGCCAGUGUUAGAGUAGUAGACCGAAUGGCUUCAACCCAAGGCUAUAAGACUGUCACACAGCAGCCAUGGGUAACCGAAACCAGAGACACUAAAGAUUCUGCAAGUGCAUAUUUGAAGAGGACAUUGACGGAACAUGUUCCACUGUCCUUCCCAUCACUGCUUAGCUCCGCUCCAUCCUUUGUUAGGCCCCUUAAGAACGUACAGGGCAAGCAGGGCCAUCGCGUGGUGCUGGAGUGCCAGGUAACAGGACACCCGACACCCGAGAUCACCUGGGCACGUGAGAGCAUAACCAUCAAGAGCUCUCCAGACUUCCAGAUCACAUACAAUAAUGGCGUCUGCACCCUGACCAUUCCAAAUAUCUUCCCCGAAGAUACUGGAAGGUACACAUGUACAGCUACUAAUGCUUCAGGCAGCAAAACGACUUCAGCAUUCCUUAGUGUGCAACGCGUUGAUGAGACACCGUCAGUCGCAAGGACGGCAUCGGUGUUCGGUCCGCAAGCAAUGAUUCCGCCCAGCUUCAUUAAGCAGCUUGGAACCAUUAAGCUGGUCGAAGGAAACAGUGCUUUCUUUGAAUGCAUCGUGCGUGGGCAACCCGACCCAGAAAUCAUCUGGAGUCGCAGAGGCGUGCCCAUCAUGACAGGCUACAGAUAUAAAAUAGAUAACGAUUACAAGACAGGAACUUGCACACUUACUGUUAGUAAGGUGUUCUACGACGAUGAAGGAGAAUAUACAUGUACCGGCGUGAACCCAGCAGGAGAGGCAUCUACAACUGGCUACUUGCUUAGCGACUUGAAGUAUCGCGAGUAUUUGAAGAGCCAGGGUAUCGUGGAGCACGUGUCGCGCACGACUAAGCGCGGCUCGUUCGAGAGCGCGAUGUCACCCAGACCGAUCGUCGCUCGUACCGGAAGUCUCCCGCCGGCAAAGGCCAGACAGUCGCCGGUGAGAGUCUACGAAUCCGACAGCGAGUUUCGCUCAUCACAGUAUCACAGCCAGUGCAAUCAUGAAGUAUGUACGCGGUACGAACACGAGAUCUCGGCACAGAUACAGCGGCUACGGGUCGGCAGCCCAGCCGAGUGCCCGCGCGCGCCAUGA